CCCUCUUUCCACUCUCUCAACUCUCAUUUUCAAUUCUCAGUUUCUCACUCUUCAGAUUCGAAUCGAGCUAUUCAGAAACCCUAGUUUUUGAAGCAUGGGUCAGAUCCAGUACUCUGAGAAGUAUUUCGAUGAUAAUUAUGAGUAUAGGCAUGUUGUUUUGCCUCCUGAAGUUGCAAAAUUGCUUCCUAAGAGUCGGCUUCUCUCUGAAAAUGAGUGGCGUGCUAUCGGGGUUCAGCAGAGCCGUGGCUGGGUUCACUAUGCCAUUCAUCGUCCUGAGCCACACAUCAUGCUUUUCAGAAGGCCUUUGAAUUAUCAGCAGCAGCAGGAUAAUCAGGCACAGCAAAGCAUGCUUGUCAAAUGAUGAGGGUGAUUCUUAGUUCUACCGAACAUCCGAAAUGUCUGUUGGGGUGUACUUCUCGUGUACUGUUUGGUAGAUUUAUAUAAUUCUGCUAGUUAUUAUAUCCAAGUGAUCUUUUGCAUAAUCAGUUUGUUUUUGCGUUAAUAUUCUAUAACGCUUGUAAACAUUUUCAAGUUCGUACUUAUUAAAAACAGAAUUUUAAGAA